AUGUCUACCUUCGGAUUUGAAACAACCGGUGAUGAGAUCGCCGCCAUCUGCUCCAACGCGAUUCGAGGCAAAGUUGUCCUCAUAACCGGUCCAUCUUGUGGAAGCCUUGGUGCUGCGUUCGCCGAAACUAUUGCUCCACACGGCCCAUCAUUGAUCAUUCUUGCCUCUCGUGACACUUCUAAGCUCGAACCAGUCGUUGCUGCAAUUAAAUCCAUUGCACCCACCGUGGCCACCCGUGUCCUCAAGCUCGACCUUGCCUCCCAAGAAAAGAUUCGCGAGGCCGCCAGCGAAGUCAACAACUACGAUGAUGUUCCACACAUUGAUGUGCUCAUAAAUAGCUCAGGUAUUAUGGCAGUGCCGUACAGUCAAACCACUGAUGGCAUCGAGCUUCAAUUUGGAGUAAACCAUCUUGGACACUUUCUUUUCACAAACCUGAUUAUCAACAAGCUGGUUUCAGCAGAUGGAAGCCGGAAAAGCCGCGUGGUGAACGUUUCGAGCAACGGUCAUGAAUUAUCUCGUGUGAGAUUCGAGGACUGGAACUUUGAGCAUGGCCCUUACAAUCGGUGGUAUGCUUAUGGUCAGUCAAAGUCAGCGAACAUGCUAUUCUCCAUCUCCCUUGCUGCGCGAUUUGCGAAUAAAGGACUUAUAUCAGUAAGCCUUCAUCCGGGAGUAAUCCGCACUAACCUCAGUUCUCACCUUGAAGAAGCUGCUUGGCCUGAACUUGCCGAGAUUGGACGCAAUCUUGCCUUGACUAAGUUCCGCAGCUUCAAUGCCAAGAGUCAACAGCAAGGUGUCGCAACCUACGUCUUCGCAGCAUUUCAUGAUUUUAUAUCGAUGCAUGUUAAUGGAAGAUACCUUGAAGAUAGCCAAGUCUUGGAUCUCGAAGAAUACAAGUGCUGGGGCCGAGACCCUACAGACGCAGAAAGAUUGUGGACUCUAAGUGAGAGACUUGUUAGACAGGAAUUUAGGUACUAA